CAAGACGGUCAGGAAGUCCGCGCAGCAAGACGGUCAGGAAGUCCGCACAGCAAGACGGUCAGGAAAGUCCGCACAGCAAGACGGUCAGGAAGUCCGCACAGCAAGACGGUCAGGAAGUCCGCACAGCAAGACGGUCAGGAAGUCCGCACAGCAAGACGGUCAGGAA